AUGAUUCUCACAAUAUUAGUAGUACUUUGGGUGGUAGCGUACAUUUACUUCUAUUUCAAGUCAAAAUCGGACUUCCCACAUUUCGUUCCUGUAAUGAUUAUAAUGGGGUCUGGAGGACAUACAAGUGAAAUGCUCUCUUAUGUCUCAUCACUCACCACAAAAUACCAGCCGCGUACAUACGUAAUAGCAAAAACUGACGCUUUGAGUGAGGAGAAGGUCUUAAAUUGUGAAACCCGUCGUGGAAUUCUGUUUGAUAUCAAACGCAUACACAGAGCUCGCGAAGUAAGACAGUCAUUUAUGAGCAGUAUCUUAAGUGCAUCAGUUUCUUUCCUGCAUUCGUUGCCUCUUGUUGUCCAGUGUCGACCGAAAUUAAUUCUGUGCAAUGGUCCUGGAACAUGCAUUCCUGUAUGCUUUGUGGCGCUUUUGCUUCGGGUACUUGGACUACAUUCAAGUCUAAUAGUCUUUGUUGAAAGUAUCUGUCGUACGAAGACGCUAUCCUUAUCUGGAAAAAUUUUAUAUUAUACUCGUUUGGUGGAUGUUAUUGUACAAUGGCCUGAGUUAAAGACUAAAUACCCGAGAUCUGUUUAUCUGGGACUUUUGUCUUAG